AUGUUCCGUUACUUGGUCCUUGUAAUUCUAUGCCAGGGAAGUCAUUCUGAAACUGGAACAUCUUCUACUCCCGAUUGGUAUAAAGUCAAAAUGAUGACCACAACAGGAGAAACAACAGAGGCAUUCGCCUUUCCGGACUGGCCUACUGCGCCAAGAAUUGACGUCACCUUGGAGCCGAUUCAUGGAAACGAGUUGGAGACAGACGAAGACUUCCGAAAAAUGUUCUCCGACUUCGGCAAAGAGAACAAUAUUCAUUUCAACGAUCGCAACUUCCAACGAAUGGGAAAAGUUUACACAAAAGAUGGGUGGAUGCUAAUAUAUGGGCUGCGAGGUGUUGAUUGCCUAAUGUUCCAACAGUUCUUACUUGGGAUUAAAUCGUACGAGUACAACAUCAAGCACGCCUACGCCACCUGUGACCGCCUGAAAUUCUCCAUUUGUUUGACAUUUUCUUGCAUGGGUCGCAAUCACACUGAAGUCUUCUACUCGUAG